AUGCAUGGAACGAGUUCGCAGAGAGAUCGUAACAAGCCAGUUCUGCCUAUUGAAAUUCCCGACGACUCCACUGCUCUCAUAAAAGCGGUUCAUAAGCGUAAUUAUGAGGAGGUGGGGCGGCUUGUUCGCGAGGAUCCUGGCCAACUGAGGGGGGUUACGACGUGCAAAAUAUAUGGGGACUCGUUUCGUGGCGUGACAGCACUGAUGAUCGCCGCAGUGCUUGGAUACCAUGAGAUGAUAGAAUUGUUAGAGAAGGAGGUAGGUUGCGUGGAUGGAGAGGGCAGGACCGCGCUCAUUUGCGCAGUUGUUAACUUUGAGGAUGGUUCCGAUGGACAGCGGGCGUAUUUCUCUAAUGAGCAAAUGAGUACCGACUGCGGUGAUGUGUGUGUAACGAAGCUGUGUGAGGGUCGCCUAAAGUGUAUCAAGCUACUCGCGGAGAUGGAGAGCCGCUUGAAGAAAAGUGGCUCGGAAAGUUCCCCUCACGAGACAGCCCUUAUGAAAGCAGCAGAGAACGGUCACACAAAGAUAGUGGAAAUACUCCUGGAGAAGGAGAGUGGUAUGCAAAGGAGUGACGGCCGGACAGCUCUCAUGACAGCAGCAAGGUAUGGCCAUACAGACUGUGUCAGACUACUAGUAAAGAAGGAGGGCGGGGUACAAGACAGUUAUGGGUGGACCGCUCUCAUGAGGGCAGCGGAAAAUGGUCACACAGCCUGUAUUAAACUGCUCCUGGAGAAGGAGAGGGGCAUGCAGGAAAGUGAUGGAUGGACAGCCCUUAUGAUAGCAACAAGGUAUGGUCACACAGACUGCGUCGGACUGCUAGUAGAGAAAGAGAAAGAUAUGAAGAAUAAUCGUGGAGAUACUGCCCUCGACAUAGCCAAGAGGUAUAACAAGAACAGCAUCAUAUCUCUCCUCUCAUAG